AUGCCGCCUGGUCGGCCCCCGGCCCAAACCAGCCUGCUCCUGCGAGUGCCAGAGCUUGCUGGGCAGCUAAAAUUUAACCCAGGUUUCAAGAGGCCCCUUUCCACGGGUGAGCGCAUUCCCCGGAUAUGUAUCGUGGGCAGCGGACCUGCUGGGUUUUACACUGCCCAGCACCUGCUGAAGCACCACAAGCUGGCCCGAGUGGACAUUUAUGAGAAGCUGCCUGUUCCCUUCGGCCUCGUUCGUUUUGGCGUGGCACCGGACCACCCUGAAGUCAAGAAUGUGAUCAACACCUUUACCCAGACGGCCCAGUCUGAUCGCUGCUCCUAUUAUGGGAAUGUCACUGUCGGGAAGGAUGUGACUGUAGAGGAACUGCAACAGGCUUAUCACGCGGUAGUCUUGAGCUAUGGGGCAGAAGAUAACCGGAUCCUUGGCAUCCCGGGAGAAAACCUGUCUGGGGUUUAUUCAGCCAGAGCACUUGUGGGCUGGUACAACGGGCUGCCUGAGAACAGAGACUUGAAGCCUGACCUGAGCAGCAAGACGGCGCUGGUUCUGGGGCAGGGAAAUGUGGCACUGGAUGUUGCUCGGAUUCUACUGACUCCACUCGAUUUACUCCAGAAGACUGACAUCACUGAAGGCUCCUUGGCAGCCAUAGCCUCCAGCAAGGUGAAACGUGUGUGGCUUGUCGGGAGGAGGGGCCCUCUCCAGGUGGCAUUCACCAUCAAGGAGUUGCGGGAGAUGGUCAACCUGCCCGGCGCCAGACCCAUCCUGGACCCUGCUGAUUUUACAGGCCUUAGAGAUGCUAUUAAAGAUGUCCCCAGACCGAGGAAGCGGCUGACUGAGCUGAUGAUCAAAACAGCCCUGGAGAAACCUGGUGAGAAGGAGGCCAAGAUUUGGGCAUCAGCCACCAGGGAGUGGGGCUUGAAGUUUCUGCGCAGUCCUCUGGAGAUUCUGCCCACUGCCAAUGGGAAGCGAGCAAGAGGGAUCCGUAUGGCUGUCACCAGGUUGGAAGGUUCAGGCGAGUCAGCCACAGCUGUCCCCACUGGAGAAGUUGAGGAGCUUGAGUGUGGAUUGAUCCUCAGUAGCAUUGGCUACAGGAGCCUUCCCCUUGGACCUUCUGUUCCAUUUGACCCCAAGCAUGGGAUCAUCCCCAACCACCUGGGCAGGGUUCAGGGGGUCCCAGGGCUGUACUGCAGCGGCUGGGUGAAAAGGGGACCUACUGGGGUGAUCAUCACCACCAUGAACGAUAGCUUUGACACAGCCCAGUCUGUGCUAGAGGACCUCCAGGCCGGGAUGCUGAAUGUUUCAAACACCAAGGAAGGCUUUGAGUCUGUGAGGAGCAUCCUACACAGUCGAGGGGUCCAUCCGGUGUCCUUCUCAGACUGGGAGAAGAUAGAUGCUGCUGAAGUGGCAAGGGGCCAACUGGCUGGCAAGCCUCGGGAGAAGAUUGUGGAUCCUCAGGAGAUGCUCCAGUUGAUUGGUCGCUGAAGAGGCCCAUGAUCAGCACUUCGACAGCGAGAACGCAGCACGCCAGCCGGCAUCUGCUGGGGAAGUCCUGUUCACUGCUGGUUGUAUGUGCAGUGGAGGAUUGGUACAGUCAGAACCAGUUGCUCUUCUUGGACACCUGGGACAAGACACCUGGCUGCAGGGUUUUUUGGGGCUCUCCCUAGCUGAGCUGGAACUGACUCUGGGUUCUCAGAGUGGGUGUGAGCCACCCAAGAGCUGUGUGCCACUAAAUGACACCAGGUCUUAUCUCCAGCCCUGUUCUGUCCUGGGGCCACCUCUGCAGCAGUCGUCUGGAGCUCACUAACUGGGUUGUUAGACCAGGUGCCGCUUAGGUUGAGAUUCCUGUCAGAAGAGGCCUUGCUCCUUUCCAUUCUGUGAGCCUGAAGGGAAAGACUCUUUACUCAGUACUGUUUUUUAAACCCAAUGAGAGAGAAAUGAGUGACCAUCUUUUCCAUUUAGUCCAAAAGCCUAAAGCCAAAUUGCCCUGUAACCUGUGUCAACUUCUGAGCAAGCUGUUUCUUUUAUAUAAUCAUUUGAAGUACAGCUACUCCUCGCUUAAUGUUGUAGUUACGUUCUUGGAAAAUAUGACUUUAAGCCAAAUGAUGUUGAGCAAAUCCAGUUACGUCACAGUAGUUACCUACUAGCAGGCAGCGGCCAAACAACGUUAUAACUGAACAUCGUGUGACUUUAAACAAGUGUGUUCUCUAAUGGAUCAGCGAUUUGUAAUAAUGAAACGUUAACCGGGAUGAUGUUAAAUGAGGAGUAGCUGUAAAACCCUUUCAGGAGACGGAGGAUGAAACUCAGGCUACCAUUUUAAAAGCCUAAUUUGAUCUCAGUGUUUGUCAUAAUCUUUGAGCUGGCUGGCCCACCUAGUACUGUAUUUCCCCCUCCCCCAGAUCUUCUCCCAGGCUCGGUACUAGUUGCCUGCUUGAAGCAAAUGGUAUCUGUAUCAAUAGACCUUGGAGACUCCUUAUCUGCUCGGUAGCAUUUCAGGAUGGAAACCCAAAUGCAACCUGGAUUGUGGAGGGGGUUUUUUUUGCCUGUGGAGGAGGGGUGGUGGGUUAAUGACCACGUAAUUGGCUUGUCCUUAAAUAUCUGUGAUCAUCUGAGUACCAGUUCCUCAGAGGUGUAGCUGUCUGGCACUAGCACACUCUUGGUCUGCUUGCCUUUUUUAUAGUCUGUUUGCUUUUGAAGCUUAUCACAUGCUCGUCUGACCAAAUUUAUCAUGUUGACACAAUGCCAGGUUUUAAGGCAGGACUUGGAGCCCCUGGAGACUAAACUCCUCCGUUUACUGACAGAAUAAUUGCAGUACAAACUGUGGCAGUGCACUUCAGCAGGACUGAGAAAAUUUGCUUCUUGGCACCCUCUCUUUAGCUGAGUCUGCACUGGGGGGCUGGCCUGUCCCAUACAAACUGUUCAGACGGCUCCUGCUCGCUGACACGUGACCUUAAAUAGUCCAUGGUGAGGAGCUCUUUAGUAAAUGUGUCUCACGUAGCUGAGACUUACGGGUAAAAGGGGAGAGUUAUGUCUCUGGCCCCAUGCAGUGCUUCUCUUGUAGGAUUUUCCUGUUGUGGUGUUUUUGUUGUAACAUGGACACCUCUAUGCUGCAGGGGCAGAAGGGGGUUCCAGACUGUAUUUCCACGUUUGACAUUUAGUCUAAUUUUAGACCAGCGGGAUCUGUGGCUCAUCUUUUAAAAAAAAAAAAAAAAAAAAAAUCUCAUUUGUAAACUCAUUAAGAAACUCGGGAAAUGCAAUGCUGGAAACAUGUAUGCAAACGAGCAAUAAAGCUUGCCGAACAGCU